AUGGGAGCGGAACAGGCAGCACAGCACCGGGGAGCAGCCGGGCAUCUCGUGCUGCUGGCCGUGCUGCUGCCCCUCUGCUGCCGGGCGGCGCCGGAGCGGCUGCGCUAYGCGAUUCCCGAGGAAAUGGAGAGCGGCUCCGUGGUGGGGCCGCUGGCGCGGGACCUGGGGCUGAGCCCRRCAGACCUGCCCGCACGGCAGCUGCGCCUGGUCUCGGCGGCUAGAARACAGCUGAAAUACUUCUCGGUGAGUGCGGACACGGGGCACCUGUACGUGAGYGAGCGUCUGGACCGCGAGGAGAUGUGCGGSGACUCGGCGUCCUGCUCGGUCAGUYUCGARGCGGUCGUGCAGAACCCUCUCAAYGUUUUCMACGUCGACGURGAYAUCCAGGACAUCAAYGACAACUCCCCGGUCUUCAGCAAGGCUGCUCUCGAWCURGMRAUCGSRGAAUGGASWCUUCCUGRUGCGCRRUUUCCRCUKGAGAURGCGCAAGAUCCGGAURUGGGAAGCAACUCWYURCUCACCUACCAGCUCACCGAAAACCCCUUCUUCAGCUUGACAGUAAAGGAAAGCCCAGAUGGAAGCAGGCAGCCCGAGAUAGUGUUACAAGCAGCCUUGGAUCGCGAGAAGCAGAGCUCGUUUGAGAUGGUGCUGACGGCGGUGGACGGCGGGUCUCCAGCGAGGUCGGGCACUGUCCAGAUUCRCAUCAASGUGACAGACGCSAACGACAACGCGCCYGUGUUCAGCAAAAGCAGCUACGAGGCGCGAGUGCGGGAGAAUGUGGCGACGGGCUCGCUGGUGCUGCAGGUGCGAGCCACGGACGCGGAUGCGGGCUCCAACGGACGAGUCUCCUACUCCUUCAGCAACGUGCCCGACGCUGUCCGCGCUGUGUUCAGCAUAGACAGCGAGAACGGUGACAUCCGCAAUGUGGGAAUUCUGGAUUUCGAGGAGCGGAAUAAAUACACCUUCGGAGUGGAAGCGAGGGAUGGGGGUGGGCUGAAUGGUCGCUGCAAAGUGCACAUAGAGAUCACGGACGAGAACGACAACGCGCCCGAGAUAACGACGUUGUCUGUGUCGAGCUCAGUACCCGAGGACUCCCCGCCCGGCACCGUGGUGGCCCUCGUGAACGUGCACGACGCGGACUCCGGCGAGAACGGGAAGGUGUGGUGCGAGCUGGAGGGCGAGUCGCCGCUGUCGAUCGUGGCGUCGUCGGGCARCUCGUACAAGGUGGUGACGGCGAGCGCGCUGGACAGGGAGCGUGCGUCCGAGCACAACGUGACGGUGGUGGCGAGCGACCGGGGCAGCCCGUCGCUGUCGAGCCGCACGGCGCUUAUUUUGGAAAUCAGAGAUAUUAACGACAACGCGCCCAGCUUCCGAAACGCAGAAACGCAAGUGAAAGUGAGUGAAACGGCAGCCCUCGGGUGGCGAUAUCCCCUUGCUGAGGCUCAUGAUCCGGACACUGGUAGCAAUUCUCUGCAGCGCUACGAGCUGAGUGGUGACGAGCACUUCUCCCUGGCCGUCCAAACAGCACCCGAUGGGGAGAAACGUCUGGAGCUGCUACUGGCGAAGGCGCUGGACCGCGAGGAAGCCGCCUUCCACGAGCUCGUGCUGACGGCGGUGGACGGCGGCGACCCAGAGCGGACAGGCACGGCGCGGAUCCUCGUGAUCGUGUUGGACGCCAACGACAACGCGCCGGAGUUCAGUCAGGCUGUGUACAUGGUGCGCGUGAGGGAGGACGUUCCCGUGGGCACCGUCCUGCUCACCGUCAGUGCCACCGAUGCCGAUGAUGGGAUGAACGGAGAGGUGACAUUUUCAUUUCAAAAGAUUUCAGUAAAAGCAUACGACAUAUUCCAUCUGGACACCGAAACGGGAGUGAUCACCCUGGUCAGAAGUCUGGACUUCGAGGAAAGUGAUUCGUACGAACUCGGCGUGCAGGCAAARGACGGUGGAGAUCAUUUCGACACUGCCAAAGUCUCGAUCGAGGUGAUUGAUGUGAACGACAACGCACCCGAAAUGGCAGUCACGUCAUCGGUGAGCGCGAUUCCAGAGGAUUCUCCGGCGGGGACGGUGGUGGCCCUGCUGCACGUGCAAGACCGCGAUUCCGGGGCAAACGGGGAGGUGAGGUGCUCCCUGGACGCGGGGCUGCCCUUCCGUCUGCGCAGCUCGCUGGGCAACUACUACAGCAUGGAGACGUCGAGGGAGCUGGACCGCGAGGCGGUGUCGGAGUACAACGUGACGGUGCGGGCGACGGACGGCGGGUCGCCGGCGCUGUGGAGCAGCGCGGUGCUGCCGCUCGCCGACUCGCGCAAGAGCCAGCUCGGCUGUCCGGGCGGCAGCUGCUGCAACACCCUCCCGGCCGCGCCGCCGCCCGACAAAGGCGCGCCGCUGCUGCUGCCUGAGGAGCCCGCGAGCGCCCGCGGCGACGCCCACAGCGGAGACGCCCUCCAG